GAAUGAAGCCAGCUGCUAAAUUUAUGUCUUGGGGGCCGAGAAACAUCUUUGGUAUUAGGCAACCAAGUCACUUGCUGGUGGCCUCUUUCGCUACUGCCGACCGGGACCGAGAAGACGUCUGAUCAUGUCCCACCGCAAGUUUUCAGCUCCCAGGCAUGGCCACCUGGGCUUCCUCCCUCACAAGAGGAGCCACCGUCACCGCGGGAAGGUGAAGACGUGGCCCAAAGACGACCCCAGCAAACCGGUUCACCUGACGGCCUUCCUGGGCUACAAAGCUGGCAUGACUCACAUCCUCCGGGAACACUACAGACCGGGGCUAAAGGUCUCAAAGAGGGAGGAGGUGGAAGCUGUCACCAUCAUAGAGACACCACCUUUGGUGGUCGUUGGACUGGUGGGCUACAUCGAGACGCCCAGGGGGCUGAGGAAUUUCAAGACCAUCUUCGCAGAGCAUAUCAGCGAUGAAUGUAGAAGACGUUUCUACAAGAACUGGCACAAGAGCAAGAAGAAAGCAUUUACCAAGUACUGCAAGAAAUGGCAGGAUGAGGCCGGGAAGAAGCAGCUGGAGAAGGAUUUCGCAGCCAUGAAGAAGUACUGCAAGGUCAUCCGCAUCAUCGUGCACACCCAGAUGAAGCUCCUUCCACUGAGGCAGAAGAAGGCUCACAUCAUGGAGAUCCAGCUGAACGGGGGCACCGUGGCAGAGAAGGUGGACUGGGCUCACGAGAAGCUGGAGAAGCAAGUGCCCGUCAGCACCGUCUUCUCCCAGAACGAGAUGAUUGACGUCAUUGGUGUCACUAAGGGGCAUGGGAUGAAAGGUGUGACAAGUCGGUGGCAUGCUAAGAAACUCCCGAGGAAAACUCACAAAGGACUGCGUAAGGUCGCAUGUAUUGGAGCCUGGCAUCCUGCCCGGGUGGGCUACUCCAUUGCCCGGGCUGGCCAGAAAGGCUAUCAUCACCGCACAGAACUUAACAAGAAGGUUUACCGCAUUGGGCGCGGGGUUCACAUAGAAGAUGGCAAAGUGGUGAAGAACAACGCCUCCACCAAUUAUGACACAACUGAGAAAACAAUUACCCCGCUGGGUGGAUUCCCUAAGUAUGGAGAAGUCAACAAUGAUUUCGUGAUGGUGAAGGGUUGCGUGGUGGGCACCAAGAAGCGGGUGCUCACCCUCAGGAAGUCCCUUCUGGUCCAUACAAGCAGGAAGGCCCUGGAACCCGUGGAGCUGAAAUUCAUUGACACGACCUCCAAGUUUGGUCAUGGACACUUCCAGACGGCUCAAGAAAAGCGUGCUUUCAUGGGCCCACAGAAGAAGCACCUGGUGAAGGGGAAGGUGGAAACCCAGGAGGAAUUGUGAAAAGGGCUUCUCCUAAGAUGCUUCCAGACUCCAGUCCAACUUUGCCACUGCUUUGAAUAGUUGCAAACAUAAAUACACUGAAACAAAACCGGUGCUUAGUCUUAUGUUCUUGAAAAGCUAUAUGCUCCCCACAUUUGUCUCAGAAGUAUUUCAGGGCCAUGCAUUUAUAGCAUCAUCUGGACUUAGAAUCAUAGAAUCGUAUAAUUGUAGAGUUGGAAUGGUGCCAGAGGGUCAUCUAAUCCAACUUCCUGCAAUGCAGGAAUCUCAACUAAAGCAUCCAUGACAGACGACCAUCCAACCUCUGCUUUAAAACCUCUAAGGAAGAAGAGUCCACCACCUGAGGAAGUCCAUUCCACUGCUGAACAGCUUUUACCAUCAGAACGAGCAGCUCUGCCUCUUUGGGUACUUUGACAGAGACCAAAUGCGAGAGACACAAGGAAUAACAAAAGCAAACACACACCCCGGGAUCGAUGCAAACCUUUAUUUCCCUUCACCUUCCCCAUCAUUUCUAGUUGCCUCUGGCUCGCACAUCAUCCAUGGUUUGUAAAGCCCUUUGAUUA